AUGCUGCUCACUGUGUACUGUGUGCGCAGGGACCUCUCCGAGGCCACCUUCUCCCUCCAGGUCAGCCCCGACUUCGAGCUCCACAACUUCCGUGCCCUCUGUGAGCUCGAGUCUGGCAUCCCCGCCGAGGAGCUCCAGGUCAUCUACAUGGAGCGGCUCCUCACCGACAGUCACUGCUCCCUGGGCUCCUACGGCCUCAAAGACGGCGACAUGGUGGUUCUACUGCAGAAGGAGGACGCGGGGCGGACCGCCAGCCUGCCUCAAACGGACUUCCCCGGCACCGCCGUGCCGGGCACGUCCAGCCCCCGGCACCAGCAUCACCAGCACCAGCACCAGCACCAGCACCAGCGCGCAAAGCCGGCGCAGCGGGCCCGCGGCCUGGGCUCCGGCGGGAAGGCGACGUCGGCGCAGGGGCUGGACAGCCCGGCCCUGAUCCGAAGCAUGCUCCUCUCCAACCCGCACGACCUGUCCCUGCUGAAGGAGCGCAACCCCACCUUGGCCGAAGCCCUGCUCAGCGGAAACCUGGAGACCUUUUCUCAGGUCCUGAUGGAGCAGCAGAGGGAACGGGCGCUGAGAGAGCAAGAGCGACUUCGCCUCUAUUCUGCCGACCCAUUCGAUUUGGAAGCUCAGGCCAAAAUAGAGGAAGAAAUCCGGCAGCAGAACAUCGAGGAAAACAUGAACAUAGCGAUGGAAGCGGCUCCGGAGAGCUUCGGACAGGUGGCCAUGCUCUACAUCAGCUGCAAAGUGAACGGACAUCCUCUGAAGGCCUUCGUGGACUCGGGCGCCCAGAUGACCAUCAUGAGCCAAGCUUGUGCGGAGAGAUGUAACAUAAUGCGGCUCGUGGACCGACGAUGGGCCGGCAUUGCUAAAGGCGUGGGCACGCAGAGGAUCAUCGGCCGGGUUCAUCUGGCUCAGAUCCAGAUCGAAGGCGAUUUCUUACAGUGCUCUUUCUCUAUACUGGAGGAGCAGCCCAUGGACAUGCUUCUGGGGCUCGACAUGCUCAGGACACAUCAGUGUUCCAUCGACCUGAAGAAAAACGUGCUGGUGAUCGGCACCACUGGCACACAGACUUACUUUCUUCCCGAGGGCGAGCUACCUCCCUUUACGAAGCUGGUAAGUGGAACUGGGCGAGAAGAGUCUUCAGACAAGGAAGCAGCGGACACUAAGAAACACUCAGCCAUGGAUUCAGGACGAAGAAAGCGUUGA